AUGGGAUUGAUCAGCACAAUUCUGGGCAUUUUUGGGUUUGGAUUUGGGUUUCUCAUUGGGAUUGUGGCUGGAUACUUUGCUUUCAUUUUCUCUGAGCCAACUCAUGUUAAGAAUCCUAAGAUCGUACCGUUGUCCGAGCGAUCUGACGAUGAUCUUCAAACCCUUCUUCCGGAAAUGCCUCUCUGGGUCAAGAAUCCGGACUUCGACCGCCUUGAUUGGCUCAACAAGUUCUUGCAAUAUAUGUGGCCUCAUUUGGACAAGGCAAUUUGCAAGAUGGUGAAGGGCAUUGUACAACCUAUGAUUGAUGAGCAAAUUCCUAAGUUCAAAAUCGAAUCGGUGGAAUUCGAAGAACUCACUUUAGGCUGCCUUCCCCCGACUUUCCAAGGAAUGAAAGUUUACAACACUGAGGAAAAGGAAUUGAUUAUGGAAUUAAGUGUGAAGUGGGCGGCUAAUCCUAAUGUUCUCGUCGCAGCGAAGGCGUUCGGGCUAAAAGCUACCGUACAGGUGAUCGAGUUGCAAGUAUUCGCUCAUCCACGGAUUACAUUGAAGCCUCUUGUUCCAAGCUUUCCUUGCUUCGCCAACAUACAUGUUUCUCUCAUGGAGAAACCUCAUGUUGAUUUUGGAGUGAAGUUAUUCGGUGCAGAUGCUAUGUCGAUCCCCGGCGCAUAUAGGCUAGUGCAGGGAAUCAUUAAAGAUCAAGUAGCAAAUAUGUACUUGUGGCCUAAACGACUCGAAGUUCAAGUGAUGGAUCCUGCAAUAGCAAUGCAGAAACCGAAAGGGAUACUCAAUGUGAAAGUCGUAAGAGCAAUGAAGCUGAAGAAGAAAGAUCUUCUAGGAGCAUCGGAUCCUUAUGUAAGAAUGAACCUCGUUGGCGAGAAAGUUGGCGCCAAAAAAACGACCGUUAAAUACAAAAACCUUAACCCCGAGUGGAACGAGGAAUUCACCUUCGUUGUUAAGGAUCCUUCCAAGCAAACUUUGAAGUUUAAAGUCCAUGAUUGGGACGAGGUUGGAUCACACGACAAAAUGGGUAUAAAUGUGAUCCAUUUAAAAGACCUAACACCAGAAGAGCCGAAGAUGAUGACACUGGACCUUCUGAAAACCCUAAAUCCAGACGACCCCCAAAACGACAAGUCACGUGGCCAGCUCGUGGUUGAGGUGAACUACAAGCCGUUCAGCGACGGCGACGUUCCGACGAACGUCGAAGAUUCCGGCGACGUGGACAAGGCUCCGGCAGGGACUCCCGACGGCGGCGGACUGCUGGUGGUGAUCGUCCACGAGGCCCAGGACCUCGAAGGGAAGCACCACACCAAUCCCUCCGUACGCCUCCAUUUCAGAGGAGAGGAGAGGAAAUCUAAGAUUGUGAAGAAAUCGAGGGAUCCUCGAUGGGAUGAGGAAUUCCAGUUCGUGGUGGAGGAGCCACCCAGCAAUGAAAAGAUCCAUGUCGAGGUUGUCAGCAUUUCCAAGAGGAUGGGCCUCAGGCAUCCCAAGGAAAUUCUGGGGUAUGUGGACAUACGGCUGGCGGACGUUGUGAACAACAAAAGGAUCAACGAAAGGUACAACCUUAUCGACUCCAAGAAUGGCAGAAUUCAAAUUGAGAUGCAAUGGAGAACUGCUUAA